AUGUUCAAUCUACAGACGCGCGAUGGUGUAUCGAGCGUGCAACCACCUUUGUCUCAAGCAGUGGGGUAUGUCGUCGUUGUCGUCGUUGGUUUGGUUGUCGCUCUAGUCAUGAUGUUAAUCACUAAGGUUUUGAAGAAGACUACUGGAGAAGACAACCAGAAGACUGAGAUGUUCAUGACAGCCAAUCGUACUGUCAGAACCGGUCUCACUGCCUCGGCUGUGAUCUCUUCCUGGCUAUGGUCGACGGCAUUACUCGGAUCAUCAUACGUGGGCUACGAUUAUGGGGUCGCGGGGCCCUUUUGGUUUGCUGCUGGCUGCAGUCCAAUGAUUGUUUUCUUCGCUUUACUGGGUAUCUCUUGCAAGCGAAAGAUCCCGGAGGCCCAUACAUCCCUCGAAGUGGUGCGGAUUCGUUAUGGACGAACCGCUCACAUUGUUUUCAUUGUUUUGUGUCUGAUCAACAAUAUCUUUGCCUGUGCAAACAUGUUGCUUGGAGCCUCUGCGGUGAUCACGGCCAUGUCCGGAAUGCACAUUAUUGCUGCGACAUUCUUGUUGCCAGUCGGCGUGACAGUUUAUACAUUUGUUGGAGGCAUUAAAGCAACCUUCCUCACGGACUAUUUCCACACUGCAAUCAUUCUGAUUAUAGCAUGCUAUUUUACGGCCAAAGCGUUCUCCGUGGACCAAGUUGGCUCUGUAGGGAAUUUGUACGAGCUCCUUGUCGCGGCUGCUGAGCGCCACCCUGUUUCUGGCAAUCAAGGUGGAACUUAUUUGACCAUGAAAUCAAAGAGUGCCAUUAUUUUCGGCAUCUUGCAUACUUUGGGCAACUUUGGUCUUGUUAUUAUGGAUACCAGCUACUUCAUCAAAGCGUUCUCAGCAUCUCCUGCGGCGGUGGUCCCCGGAUACACCAUAGGAGGUAUUGCCUACUUCGCCGUGCCAUGGGGAUUGGGGACCGUGAUGAGCUCUAUCGCCCUGGGACUCGAGAACCAGCCCAACUUCCCAACCUUCCCUCGAAGAAUGACUACAUCCGAAGUCAGUAAUGGCCUGGUCCUCCCCUAUGCGGCGAUGACGAUCGCAGGGAAAGGUGGUGCUGCAGCAUCCCUCUUGAUCACCUUUAUGGCGUGUACCUCCACACUCUCCGCUCAAGUCAUCGCAGUCAGCUCCAUUCUCAGUUUCGACGUGUAUCGUGAGUACUUCAAGAAGUCUGCCUCUGAUCGAGAUUUGAUUCGCUCAAGUCACUUUGGCGUGAUUUUCUUUGCGGCCUUCUCUGCUGCCUUCAGCACAAUGCUACAUUAUGUUGGGAUUAACCUGGGAUGGACACUAUACAUGCUUGGUGUCGUUACCUGCCCUGGAAUCUUCCCAAUGGUGUUCACCAUCCUCUGGCGCCACCAAAGCAAGACCGCUGCUAUUCUUUCUCCAAUUCUGGGCAUGAUUACCGGACUAGCAGUCUGGCUUGGCACCGCUGCCCACUUCGGUGGGGAGGUCUCGGUCGAGACAACGGGUGAAGUGCUUCCUUGCAUGUACGGCACUGUGGCCUCGUGCUUUUCGCCCAUUGUGUAUUCUCUUGCAAUCACGUCUAUCAAGCCCCAGCGGUACGACUGGGCUGAUUUCAAGAAAGAAAAAUUGGCAUUGGAGAAACUAGAGUCCGAUUUGACUACCGCACAUCAUAGUGAGAGACCUGUCCAGGAUCAAUCCAAUAGCCUUGAAGAUGGAAGUGUGCGAAGUUCGGCAUUGGAUGCGCAGGAGCUGAAGAGGUGGGGCCGUAUUGCUGCAUUUUGGUCUAUCGCGACAUUCCUGGGCCAUUGGGUUAUUUGGCCGUUGCCUAUGUACGGGUCUGGUUAUAUCUUUGAGAAGAAGUUUUUCAUUGCCUGGGUGGUAUUUGGUAUCAUCUGGCUUUGGGGUACUAUGUUGAUAGCGAUUGUAUACCCACUUGUCGAUGGUGGAAUCCAGCAGAUUCUCCAGAUUUAUCGCGGUCUAAUUGGCCGCAAUGACGAUCCAAAUCAUGAUUCCAAUAUCAAGGGAGUGGGCGCAUCGUCCCCGUCUGCAGUAUCCGUCUCCGAUGAGGUUCAGGAUAAGGAGUGA